UGGACAGGCAGUCACCAGUCCACUUGCACACACACCCAUGCUCGCCCAUGCUCGCCCAUGCUCGAUCCUUCUCCUCCCACCCAACAUGACAUCGAGCCCCGUCUGCUGCUGUGCCGCGGCCCGGCAUGGCGAUGGACCUGUCAAGUGUUAUUUCACCCUGACUGCGACUGUGAUCUGCAACCGAUCAGGACCCUGCGAGACUGGCAUCAAGAGAUCGUACGUGCAGACAGACUCGACGCCGAGAUCGAUCGCGUCUCGCCCGCAGCGGCACAGCGGUAACACGAGCUGAAGGGGGGUCCAAUCUUACAAAUCCCUGGCUGCCAUUUUCCAUUUGUGGUUUCCUGCUCGUCUGUGCGUGUGUCUAGCUAGACAGUCAGACAGUCGAUAUACGCCUACGACGACCACAACGACCACAGAUGAAGCCACGACAAACAUGGCGACCAGGUCACGGCCGCACCACCACCCCGCCCACGCCAUGACGGGUCCACCGCCGACACAGCACGACGAUGAGGUCUACGAGGAGGUCGCACAGCAGAUCAACCCCUACUACGCCUCCAUGAACUUUGCCAUCCCCGCCCCCGACAUGCCUGCCGCGCACUCGCAGUUCCACGCCGCCCAGUGGCAGUGCCAGCCCAACAGCACCAUGUGGAUGGAGGCUCUCCAGCCCUGGCCCACCACCGGCGUGGCCAACACAGCAGGGCCUGUGUACGCCGACUGGCAGGCGGAUGCGUCGCCGCCCUGGGACUUCCAAGGCCACCACAGCUUCGCCACCCUGCAGAAUGCCCAGUCGUUCCAGGCACAGUCGCCUUCGCCGACAAGGGUCGACAACGCCUUUGUCCCGCCGCCGCAGCAGUUUCAGCAGCAGCAGCAGCAUCAGCAGCGGUACCCUGGGAGUAAUGCCUGGACCCCGGGCUGGGUGGACGAGAUUCCUCCGGCGCGAGCAGUCCCCGAGGUCAUGCCGUCGGUAGAAGCGAUGCCCGACGUGACGAGACACGAGCCCGCCCCAGUACACGCUCCGGCACCGAUCCAUGCCGCGAUUCCAGCCCCGGACCACGCCGCCUCUCCCCGACUGCACCAGGCCCCUACGCCCACGGACGGAUUACCCAAGUAUGUCGCCCCAGUCGAUGGUGUCCCGCCAUUACCGGUAUCAGUCCGCGUCGAGAAGCGCCGGAGGGCACCCACCCCGACGAUCGAGUUCGAGGAGUACGCAACACCCUUCCUUGAUACCGUCCCCGUAACCCAGUCGGCAAUAGGACCACCGCCACCCCCUCCUCCCGACUCGCCUGCCGCCAUGCGGCCCGCGACUCUGCCCCGUGGCUCUCCAGCGAAAGCAGCGCAGGGGUCCCAGACCGUCUUCAAGACCCAGUCGGCCAACUCGAAACGAGGCCACUACGCGUCCGACGUGUGGGAGAGGCACAAGCCCACCAUCCAGAAGCUGUACAUCGAGGAGGGAAAGCCGCUGAGGGAGGUCAUCAGGACCAUGGAGACGGAACACAAGUUCCCGGCAACUCAGAGGAUGUACAAGGCCCGCUUCAAGCAGUGGGGCUUCGUCAAGAACAACACCGAGAAGGUCGUCUCGCAGAUCCUAAAGACAAAGUUCCAGCGCGACGCGGCCGGCAAGCUCUCGCAGUUCACCCGCAACGGCAAGGACGUCAACCUGCAGAACUACCUCCAGCGCAAGGGCAUGACCGAGUACGACCUGGUGGACCUGUCGACAGGAGCAGGCGCAGGCGCAGACACCCCCUCCUCCUCACUCGCGCACGUGCGGUGCCGCACCCCGCCGCCGCCCGACCCCCCCGGCCCCGGCCGCGACCUGCGCCUCCCGGACCGCCUGCGCUUCCAGGACUCGCUGGUGGCGAGCUUCAAGCGGGCCUUCCUGCUCUGGCGCCAGGAGGAGCAGGAGUCGGCGUUCGGCCUGCAGGCGGCCGCCCUCACGUGGCGCGUGACCGACUUCCCGCACCUGUCGAGCCUGAUCGAGUCGGCGCGCCUGAUCCGGUCGGGGGACGCCCAGCGGGGCGUCGCGGCCCUCAACCGCGCCUUCUGGGCCAUGAACAGCGGCAGCGGGUAUUUUGCGUCCAUGGACGCCACCUCGUCCUUCUACUUCUUCUUCCACCGCCAGUCGCGGUGCUGGCAGGACGACUCGCGCAUCGCCCUGGCCGUGUGGAAGUUCCUGGCCGCGUACGCGAGCGCCCGGCACACCCACCACCACAACAGCCACCACGGCCACCCGAACCACCCGCUCUUCCACGCGUUCAAGCUCAUGUACGAGGUCGUGCAGAAGGAGGGCGUCGCCGGCCUGCGGGGCUUGCUGCAGGAGAGCUCGGGCACCGUCGCCGACGAGCUGGAGCGGUCGUUUGGGCGGGACCACUGGCUCAAGGACCUCAUCUGGCACCGGUGCUUUCCUGAGAAGUCGAAGCUGAGGCAUCUGCAGCUUAUUAGGGACUUGAGGGAUCAUGGGCCCACGAGGAAGAUUGUGAGGAGGUUGUAUUAGUUGGGGUGUGGUGGUUGUGGUCUGUAUCUUGGACGAUCUCCUGUGGGUGUGGUUUGUUUCAUUUUAGCGUGCAUAUGCCGCGUGUGCUUUCUCUGCACAUGGGAAGCCCCCCGACGUUGAUAUUCGAGCCAUACCGCGAUCGAUACCCACGUCUGCAGCAAAAUAUGUUCCAAGGUUGGUUACUCACUAGCACUCUGACCCUACCAUUUCACUGCAUGAGACCCCGGUACUUAAAGCCAGUGACAGUAAAGCGGAAGUCACUCCGUCCAUCUUAUUCCAGGUAAGGUCAAUAACAGCUAAAUUCUCAUAGAGCAGCGAAUUGUCAGAUGUCAAAUGUGUCAUUGCGUAUUUUUAGUCGAUACGUUGAGAUGGUCAUAUAUUUUCUAAUGCCGAAGUGUGAGCCAACGUCCACUCACCUAGUAAUUCUAUCCACUCACCUAGUUUUUUUCAACCACUCACUCAGUACAAGAAUUUAC